GAGAGCAGGAGACAGGACAGGAUGAAGGAAAUCAACCUGAAGAACAAAGAGAAGGUUCGUCUGAAGGAGCGGGAGAAAGAGGCGCGAGAGAGGGAGGCACGGCACAGCAACGGGCACCUGUUCACCUCCCUAACUGUGUCCUCCACCACCCUGUGCUCCUCCUGCAACCGCAGCAUCACUGCCAAGGAGGCACUCAGCUGCCCAGCCUGUAAUGUCACCAUCCAUAACCGCUGCAGAGAUAGCCUGGCCAGCUGUGCCAAGAUGAAAAAUAAGCAACAGAAGCUGUCGAUGGUGAGAAACAGUUCAGCUCUGCAAAACGUCGCCAUGCGCAACAAAACUCCGAUGAUGAAGGAGCGUCCCAGUUCGGCCAUCUAUCCCUCCGACAGUCUCCGUCAGUCCCUUCUCGGCUCCAGACGCGUUCGCUCCGGCCUCUCGCUCGCCAAGAGCGUCUCCACCAAUAACAUUGCAGGGAUGAGUGAGGACUCUGUGGGUCUCCGGAGGAUUCUAUCUCAAUCCACUGAGUCUUUGAACUUCAGGAGUCGAACUUUGUCCAUGGAGUCUCUGACUGACGAUGGUGAGUGGUGGUGGAGCCCCCUGCUGGAGGAGCUGCAGGAGGAGGGCAGCUGUGUUCAGGCCGACAGCUGGAGCCUCGUCGUGGAACCAAAGUUCCUGCAGACGCUUCACAAAGACCUCAUCAAGAAACAGGACGUCAUCUACGAGUUGAUCCAGACCGAGUUCCACCACGUGCGGACGCUGCGGAUCAUGGAGGGAGUGUACCGGCGGGGGAUGUUGGAGGAGGUGAUGCUGGAGGCGGCCGUGGUUCACACCAUCUUCCCCUGUCUGGACCAGCUGCUGGAGUGGCACUCCAACUUCCUGUCGGAGCUCCUGAACCGCAGGAAGGAGGGACUGAUGGAGGGCAGCGCCAACUUCACCGUCCGCAGCAUCGGAGACCUGCUGCUCCGACAGUUUUCAGGUCAGUGUGCAGACGACAUGAAAAAACUUUACUCUGAGUUCUGCAGUCGACACCCGAAAGCUGUGAAACUCUACAAAGAAGUUUUAACUCGAGACCGAAGACUGCAGCAGUUUAUCAGGCGUGCCUGUCGUGGUCCUCUGCUGCGUCGUCAUGGCGUCCAAGAGUGCAUCCUUCUGGUGACACAGCGAAUCACAAAGUACCCCGUCCUCAUCCAACGAAUCCUCGACAACACCAAAGGCAGUGAAGAGGAAGCACAGGCCUUGAGCCGGGCUCUGCUCCUCCUGAAGGGUCUGAUCAGCUCGGUGGACCAGGAAGUGCUGGAGCUGGACCGGACCAGGAGGCUACAGGAGAUCCAGGCUCGUCUGGACCCGCGGGCCCAGGCAGAGGUCCGGGGGGGAGGAGUUUUCAGAGGAGGAGAACUGCUUAGGAGGAGGCUUCUUCAUGAUGGGGCGCUCCUCUGGAAGGUCCAGGCUUCCAGGAUGAAAGAUGUGCAGGUCCUGCUGAUGUCGGACAUCUUGGUUUUCCUUCAGGAAAAGGAUCAGAAGUUCACUUUCGCGUCACUGGACAAGUCUCCGGUAGUCUCUCUGAAUAACUUGAUUGUCAGAGACAUAGCUAAUCAGGAGCGAGGGAUGUACCUGAUCAGUGCCUCCACCCCUCCAGAGAUGUACGAACUGCACGCUUCAUCCAAAGAAGGCCGAAAAACCUGGAUGAGCCGCAUCCAACAGGCCGCUUUAAGCUGUCCGUCCAGAGACGAGUUUCCUCUCAUCGAGACUGAAGACAAAGCUUUACUGCGCAGACUCAGAGCUGACAUCCAGCAGAAGGACAGGGAGGUGCUGGAGCUGCUGCAGGAGCGAGUCACUCUGUUUUCUGACCUGGUGGAGGCGACAGGAAGAGAAGGAGGAGAGGAGGAAGGAGGUGUGGAGCUCAGCAGCUCCUCCUGCAGGAACUUGUUCAGAGCCGACUCAUCUGUUGCUCCUCAGGCCGAGACGCUCCUCACCUCCUCCAUCGCUGAAGUGGACAAACUGUCUGAACUGCUGCUGAACUCAAACCUCCAGAAAUCGUCUCUCAGCAACGGCAGCCAGGAGCUCAGCAACGGUGACUCUGGUUCUCUGAACGGUUCUUUUGAGUUGAGCAUCUCUUCGAAGGACAGAAACGGUAACCAGCUGCAGGAACGAACCCUAAACCAGGAAGUCCGUCAGCGACUUGUCAGUCUGAGCACGCAGCUCCACGCUCUGCAGGCUGCUGUGAUUCGUCAGGAUUCCAUCCUGGAGCUGUCAAUUACAACAGGCCUCGCCCCCUCUCCGACCACAGGCCCGGCCCCCAACCCUCGCCUCACCCGGUCGAUGUCGCGGGACACUGGGCUAGACGCUGGCGGGGAGGCGGUUCUGCUGCGGCGGCAGGUGGAGUUGCUGCAGGAGGAGGUGACACGGCUGCGUCUGAGGGGGGAGGAGCCAACCAGAGAAGGGACGGGGUCAGCCUGCAAGAGGAGAAGCAAUGGAGACAUCAGUGAUGUCAUGAAGGGAGAACAGCAGGUGAGCAGGAGGCGUGGCAGCAGGGAAUUGGAGCCCCGCCCCCUCGCACCAUUGGCCAGCCAGGAUCCAGUCGACCAAUUAGACGGCGUCCAGGAAGGAAACAAGGAGGAAGAGGAAGUGACGAGAAUCUCUCCUCGCUCUGACAGCCCCAGAGACUUGCAGGACAUCCCAGAGGAGAGCGAAUGUGGAGCUGAGCCCAGUUAACGCCUGAGAGACUUUUAUUCUGAAAGUUUUCUGAAUGUUUCUGUGAGAAACAGGAAGUGUAACCAUGUGACCAUGUCAACUGGAGCCCCGCCCACACAUGCUUGGGGGGGCAAGGUUUAAAUAGACACCACACUACAUUACCCAGAAUGCCUUUGGAUGUCAACAGGUCCAGUGUUCAGAUAAUGAAGUGCUACAAACACAAACCGUGUAAACUGUAUUUAUAUUAAAAGUAGUUUAACGUUAGAAACAUCAUGUAGGAUUUUACAUUUCUGUCAUUGUCGAACCAAAAAUAUUUUUUACAUUUAGGAAUGUUUGGCAGCAAGUGAGAAUUUAUAAGUUUACAGAAAUCUUUCCAGAAUUAAACAAUAAAAUGACGGGUGAAUUCACAGAAGACUGCGUAGCUAAUGCUAAUAAAACAAAUAUAAAACACCUCAAAGACUUAAUGCAGCUGACAAGCUAAUAACGCCUCACUGCUCCUGUGAGAUUCACACGUAUUUAAAAGAACAUGCAGACAUUUCAUCACCCGACAGUUUAAAGGUUCACUGCUAAGAGGGGGGGUUAAAGAAACAGGAAGCUAUCACUGAAACAUGAGCUCCUGUCUAAUAGCAUGUUAGCAUGUUAGCGUGGCUGUAUAACCUGAUCUGAUAUCACGGAUCAGUUUCAGGAUGUUUUUAUUGAUCCGGUGUAUUAUAUUAGAGAUUAAAAACAUGAUCGCUGUUUAUUCUCAUGAAGUUAUUAUGAUGAAAAUAUUUAAUGUCCAUGUGAAGGAAUACAACAGUUAAAGAUCACAUGAUACAUAAAAAUGUACAAGAUGAAGUCAUUAUAAAAUAAUAAAUGAAAGGUGAAACCUGAGAAAACAAUGAUUUACUUGUUAAUAUUUCAUGUUUUUCUCUGUGAAUUUAAGUCCAAAGUUUCUGUUGUUUUUGAUCUUUGAGACGCUUUUAACUCGAGAAGAAAGUUUCUUUUAUAAACCAGUUUACAGACUUUCUUGAUGAAACUUCUCGUGUUACUGUAGUUGUUAGUGUCUGUAUAAAGAUUUGAUGAGAAAACUGUAAAUGUUUGUUGUAAGUUUAUUCUGUAUUUGUCAUUAUAAAUCUAAUCAGCUGGAUCAAAUGUU